GAUGGCACAGGGAAAAUUCAGAACAGUAACAGAUGGGAAUUAUCAAGAUAUAAUACUUUGGAAUGAAGAUUCCCUGAGCAGGAUUCUGGGAACCCUUGUUUAACAUCGCAGCCUUCCAAGUUCACUAAGAUCUUAUCCUGACUUGUGCCACGUGGGUACAUACUGGGCUUUUUAGUUGAACACCCAUGUAAGGCAGAACACUGAACAGGUAGAUUUGGACCCUUUUGUGAACCAUGUACCUGGACAGCAUGGGGGUAAUUCUGAGUUUCCUGCUUUGUGCUGUGAUUUUCAUACCCGGGAUUACAGGAAUUUGUCCACAUGAGGACCCUGACUUAAAGCCUUGGAGCCCAGAGCACAAUGAAGAAAACCAUGUGACUAUUGAUGGAGGCCAAAAGCUCCUUCUGACGUCAUCUGUAACUGUACACUCCAUACGUAUCACUAAUGGGGGAAAACUUGUCAUAAAACCCAGUGAAAAGGCCAUCACCAUCCGCACUAGAUUUAUUCUGAUUGAGAAUGGGGCACAGCUGCACAUAGGGAGCGAAGACUGUCCUUUCCAAGGAUAUCUCACCAUCAUUUUAUAUGGAAGGUCAGAUGGUGAUGAACUUCCUCAUGAUUACUUUGGGCACAAAUACAUCGGUGUGGGGAGUGGAGGAACCCUUGAAAUUCAUGGCAAGAAAAAGAUGUCUUGGACUUUCCUGAACAAAACCCUUCAUCCUGGUGGCAUGAGCGAGGGCGGGUACUUCUUUGAGAAGAGCUGGGGGCACCGUGGGAUCAUUGUACAUGCCAUUGACCGUAAAACUGGCGAGGUGACUCAUGCAGACAGAUUUGAUACAUACAAAUCUAAAGAUGAAAGCGUCCGUUUGGCUCACUACAUAAAAUCAGUCCCAGAGGGUACCAUAUUGUCAGUGGUUGUGAAUGAUGAGGGUUCCCGCCACCUAGAUGAUUCUGCAAGGAAAGUGAUGACCAAACUGGGGAGCAGACACUUCCUCCAUCUGGGUUUCCGACACCCCUGGAGUUUUAUCACCGUGAAAGGCGAUCCAUCCAGUUCCGUGGAAGACCACGUGGAGUACCAAGGAAGCAGAGGGUCCGCAGUGGCUCGCGUACAUAAACUUUUCCAAGCUGAAAAUGGCGAAUACUUUAACGUUUCUUCAUCCAGCGAGUGGGUUCAGGAUGUGGAGUGGACAGAUUGGUUUGACAAGUAUGAGAGCACACGGUACCGAGAAUGGGAGAAACUGUCUGAAUUCCGGGCCAGGUAUCCUGGCAAAAUCUGCACCCAUCCUGUUGACGUCAAGGUUACUGCAAUGAAUGGGUCCAGUAUACCAGUGCAGGUCUAUUAUAAAGGUGGCCAUGAUUACCGAUUUGAGUGCCGGCAGAAUGAGCAGGCCGUCUCACCCUGUCCAAACUACAGAGUCCAGUUCCUUUGUGGAAAGUCUGUGAAGCCAAGACUAAAAGUGAUCGUGGACACCAAUGUGAACAGCACCAUCCUACAUCUGGCAGACAGCGCCCUCUCUUGGAGAGCUGGGGAUGUCAUUGUAGUCGCCAGCACAGACUACUCAAUGUACCAAGCAGAGGAGUUCACAGUACUGCCGUGCAGAACAUGCAGUUCCAAUCAAGUCAAAGUGGCAGGGUCAGCUAAGUAUCUCCAUAUCGGUGAGGAGACGGACGGAGUGGAUAUGCAAGCAGAAGUUGGCCUUCUCAGUAGGAAUGUCAUAAUUCUUGGAGAAAUGGAGGACACUUGUUACAACAGUGAUGUGUGUAAAUACUUCAGCUUUGAUACUUUUGGUGGUCACCUCAAGGUUGGAAGAGGCUUUAAAUCUGUUCAUUUGGAAGGAAUAGAGCUGAAGCACAUGGGACAACAAACAAUGGGACAUUACCCAAUUCAUUUCCACACUACUGGUGAUGUGGACGAAAAGGGUGGACACUACCCACCCACCUAUGUGAAAGACAUCUCAAUUCACCAUUCAUUCUCUCGCUGUGUCACUGUCCAUGGCACCAACGGUUUGCUGGUAAAGGACGUGGUUGGUUACGACACAAUUGGCCACUGUUUUUUCACGGAAGAUGGUCCUGAAGAACGUAAUACAUUUGACCACUGUCUAGGACUUCUUAUCAAAGCAGGAACUCUACUACCUUCUGACAGAGACAGUAAAAUGUGCAGAACUAUUACUGAAGGCUCCUUCCCAGGAUAUAUGGCUAAACCUAGACAAGACUGCAAUGCUGUUUCUACAUUCUGGAUAGCCAAUCCCAACAACAAUCUCAUCAACUGCUCUGCUGCUGGCUCCGAAGAAACAGGAUUUUGGUUCAUCUUUCACCACAUACCAACAGGGCCUUCUGAGGGUUUGUACGCUCCGGGACGUUCUGAGCACACUCCCUUGGGAAUAUUCAAUAAUAAUCGAGCACACUCCAACUACAGGGCUGGAAUGAUAAUUGAUAAUGGAGUAAAAACCACGGAAGCCAAUGAUAAGGAUAAGAGGCCGAUCUUUACAUUGAUUGGAGCACGGUAUGGGCCACAUCAGGAUGCUGAUCCCUUCAAGCCAAGAGUACCUGCAAUAAUCCAGCAUUUUAUUGCUUACAAGAACCAGGACCAUGGAGCCUGGCUGCGGGGUGGAGAUGUUUGGCUGGACAGCUGCCAAUUUUCUGAUAAUGGUAUCAGCUUAACUCUAGCCAGUGGAGGGACCUUUCCUGAUGAUGAUGGAUCCAAACAGGAAAUUAAAAAUAGCUUAUUUGUUGGGGAAAGCAACAAUGUGGGGACAGAAAUGGCAGACAACCUUAUAUGGGGUCCUGGAGGCAUCGAUCAUAGUGGAAGGACAUUACCCAGAGGAGUGAAUUUUCCUAUUCGGGGUUUACAGAUCUACGAUGGACCGAUCAAUGUAGAAAAUUGCACAUUUCGCAAAUAUGUCUCCCUGGAGGGAAGACACACCAGCGCAAUUGGUUUCCGCCUGAACAACUCCUGGCAAAGCUGUCCCAACAACAAUGUGACUAAAAUCACAUUUGAAGACGUUCCUAUGUCCUCCAGAGUUUUCUUUGGUGAACCUGGGCCAUGGUUUAAUCAAAUGAAUAUGGAUGGGGACAAGACCACAGUUUUUCAAGAUGUGGACGGCUCAGUUUCAGAAUAUCCAGGGGCAUUUUUGGUGAAGGAUGAUAACUGGCUGUUGAGAAAUCCUAGCUGCUUGGAUGUACCAGACUGGAAGGGAGCCAUCUGCAAUGGAAAUUUUGCGCAGAUUUACAUCCAGGCUCGAAGACCAGCUGAUGCUGGAAUGGUGAUCAUUAAAGAUGAGUAUCCUGAUCAUCCAUUAUACUUAGAAGGCGCAUUGGGGAAAAGUAACCACUAUCAACAAUACCAGCCAGUAAUCACUUUGCUAAAAGGUUACACAGUGCACUGGGAUAAGGCCGCCCCUGAGGAGCUGACUGUUUGGAUUAUUAACUUCCAAAGGAAUGACUGGAUUCAAAUAGGAUUUUGUUAUCCUAAAGGGACAACAUUUUCCAUCCUCUCAGACAUUCACAAUCGGCUUACGAAGCAAACAUACAAGACAGGAACCUUUGUACGAACCUUCCAAAUGGACAAAGUGCACCAAGGUUCCCCCGGCAGGGGAUAUUAUUACUGGGACGAAGAAGCUGGGCUGCUGUUCAUUAUGUUGAAAAGCCAGAAUGAAAAGGAUAAAUUUGCAUUCUGUUCAGUAAAAGGCUGCGAAAGAGUGAAGAUCAAAGCCGAUAUUCCCAAAGGUUCUGGUGUCAGCGACUGCCAGGCUUCGGCCUAUCCCAAAUAUUCCCAAAUACCCAUAGUGGAUGUGCCUCUGCCAAAGAAGCUGCAUGGGAAUGAUUUGAAGACAAAGGAUCACUUACUGGAGAUAAAAGUAGAGUCUUACAACACCAGAUACUUCCAUUUGAAGGAUGACUUUGCAUACAUAGAGGUGGAUAAUAAGAAGUUUUUCGUGCCAGAAGAUGGAAUACAAGUGGUUGUGAUUGAUGGAUAUCAGGGGAGAGUUGUAGACAAUGCAAGCUUUAAAUCUGCUGUUCUCCAAGGAAUCCCAGCUCAACUUGACAACUAUGUGACGAACAUUAAAGACAACUCUGUUGUGGUCAUUGUUUCGAAAGGAAGACUUUAUCACAAAGGUCCAUGGGUUAAAGUGUUGAGAAGGCUUGGAGCAGAUGUUGAUCUAAAACUAAAAGAUAAAUUAGCUUUUGUUGGCUAUAAAGGACAUUUCCGACCAGUCUGGACCAAACUGGUUACUAACGCUGAAGCUGCAAAGAUUUAUCAGGUUGUCCCCUAUCCUGUGGAGAAGAAGAUGAAAUUAUGAAGCCGAUAGGAGGAGCUUUUAUCACUGUUAUCACUGCCAGGCCUGGGAGCUCUGGAGGCUCUGAAAAGAGACACCAGAAUGCACAAUGUUUCCUCCUGCUGACCUUACAGACUGUGCUUGUGCUGCACACAGUGUAAUAGGGUACCGUAGACACAGUGCCCAUGGCUUUUUCGUGUUUUAUCAAGCCAAGUAUUUGUGUGCUUGGCACUGUCCUAUUGUGGUGGAAAAUUUGACCUUGUCCUUAGCACAUAGAGUAUUUGAUCCCAUUUUGUCUCUGUGUCGGGGUCACUGUUCUAAUACAUAUUUUCCCUAGAUUACCUAUUUUAACUCACUACUAACAAAAGUGUUUACUUCGUCACACACUCAUGCUAGUGACAUUUGUUUAUGUGGUCAUAGAGUUAUUCAGGUUUAGAAUGAUUGUUUGCAUCAAACAGGCUUUCCAAGAUAUAUAGUAUAUGUAACUCCUGAAUCCUCUACUCAAGAA